GGCCAUGGCUUACAACUGCCCCGACUGUCCUGCUAGGGGUUUUACAACACGAGGCAACCUAACGAACCACCGCAUUAGCACGCGAUGCCCUGGGAGUGCGCGUCAUGCGGCAUCGGGGAAUGCUCCAAGCCCAUUCGUCAUGAGCCGACAACUUGCCGCGUCCAUGGUUUCUCCUACUCUUUCCCUUCCCUCCCCUACACCCUCCAUGCCUUCUUCUUCUCACUCUACGCCGGUUCCACCACCCCUUAAUGUAAAUACAGAGCCCUCUACGGGCGAUGAUGGUUCUAACCUUAGGCGGGACAACAUGAUUCCGGACACAUUCCAAACGCCCCCCUCACCCUCGAGUUCCAUGGAGGGGGUGCCUGAUGUCAUGCCCGAUGACGCCACUUCAUCCCAUGCGGAUGAAGAGGCCGAUGGGACUUCAAGUGACGGCGAGGAGAGCCCCCCUUUUGUGUUUUUGGAUGCUUGGGCCCAUUGGUUACUCACAUGUGGGGUGUCUCACAAUAAAAUUGAUGAGUUGUUCAAGAUUUUUCGUCACCCAAACGCCAACCUCGAAGAGGUGGCUGCUUUCAAAAACGCCAGAGACGUUGAGAAAUAUGCUCUCUCAAGGGCACCCGAUUCGCAUCGGAAUUGGAAAAAGGCACGGUUGCGAUUGGCGGGAAAGCCACAUCUUGAGUACUUCUAUUGUGAUGCCAUUCAAGGCAUCAAGGACCUUCUUACCCACCCUAAGUUGGCUCCCAAACUUGUCCUCAAACCCACCCCACGUGCGCCAAAUAAACCUCACGUGUACUCCACUCCCGAGACGGGAGAUUGGUGGCAUACUCUUGAUGAGGAGAUAAAAAAGGAAGAUCCGAGUGGGGUGGUUUGUGCUCUCAUCAUCGCUAGUGAUGAGACGCAUAUGGACCAACGGGGCAAAGCCAAAGGUCACCCCGUAUACCUUACUCUUGCCAACAUUGAUAAAGAUGACCGUUGGAAACCGUUUGGUCACGUUUUGCUCGCACUUCUCCCCGAGUACCCUUCGGAAUACGACUCGGAUGACAAGCUUUUUGUUUUCCAGCAUGUUAUGAACAUUGUUCUUGAGCCUCUGAGGAAGGCUUCUCACCACGGCAUCCCCAUAGUGGAUGAAACUGGGGCUUCGUACAACGCAUGGCCAGCAUUGUAUGCGUACGUUGCCGACUACCCUGAGACAUGCAAGGUGUCGUGCACCAAAUCAGGCGCCACAAGCCACCCGUGUUCCAUUUGCACCGUGUUUAAGGACAACUUGAGUGAGUUGAUUGACCACCCUAAGCCACGAGUUGCAUUCAUGCAACAAACUAUUGUAAGUCUUUUGCAACGACGUUCCUUGCCUACGGGUAGGAACAUGGAGCUUUCAACUCACUCCGUUAAGUGUUUCUUAUGGGGAUGGCGCUUCGAGUCUCAUGCCCUACUUAGUCCAUAUUUGUGUCUUAUGCCUGAUAUUAUGCACCAGGCGGAUUUGGGCAUUCUCGAAUACAUUGUCGAUGCCAUUAGGGCACAAUGCAAGGAGGGGGAGAGGGAACUAAUAGAUGUGCGCUUGAAAUUCUUCCGCACAAUCAACCGGAACCCCCAUUUGAGACUACCAGCAGGCGCAUACUUCGCACGAGGUGCCUCGUACCAGGCCUACGAGCAUCGGAGUGUGAUGCAGAUACUCCCUUUUCUUGUUAAGGGUUAUGCCACCGAUGCGCAGAUUGCGGGUAUAGUGGCGUACAUCGAGUGGUACAGCUAUUGUGCACGCGUCUCCGAGCAUACCGAGGCGAGCUUGCGCCAACUGAAGCUGAUGGCCAGCAGGAUGCUCCGAGGCCUCGAGGCAUUCACCCAGAGCUCCAACUGGAACAUCAUUAAGGUCCAUCUUGUGAGCCACUACAUCGACGCCAUCCGUCGAGCUGGCUUACCUGAGCAUUACUGCGCUCAAUUGUUUGAGCAUCUUCACACUGAGUACGUGAAGAAUCCCUAUCGUGCGUCGAACAAGCGCAACGCCACUGCCCAAGUGAUGAAUGCGGAGGUGAACAGGCUACGCCUGCAAUACCUCGCACCACAGCUGGGCAAGAGGAAACGCUACGACACAGCGCUUCUUCAG